AUGCGUCUGGUGCUGUGCUGGCUGCUGAGCUGCGCCGCUCUCCGUGCGGGCAACACACAGGCUCACGACAUCCCUCUGGAUUCUGGCAUCGGCGCGGACUCGGAGCCCUCGGCUGGCGCGCUGUCGGACCGGCUACAGAGGAUGGACGAGCGUCUGAUCCAGCUGGCCGCCCGUCUGGAGUCGCUGACGCACACGGUGGACACACAGCUGGCGCAGCUGGAUAACAGCGUGCUGCAGCUGUACAGGGAGCUGGGCAGCGGCCGGCUGACCGAGGCCGCCGCCGAGCUGCGCGGGGUGCUGCAGGAGGCCCGGGCGGCGCCCGCCGACCCGGAGCUGGUCAGCACCCUCAGCCAGGAGAUCCGCCAGUCGGAGCAGCUGCUGCAGGCGCAGCUCAACGACACGCAGCAGCGGCUGGUGACGCUGCUGGAGGAGGGUCGGCCCGCCGCCGCCGCCGCCGCCUCCCCGGCCACCACGACCGUGAUCGUGGAGCGGUGCAGCUUCCCGGACCAGUUCCAGCGGACGGACGAGUGGCGGCCGGCCGACUGCGCGGCCGUCCAGCAACGCCACCAGCGCAGCGGCGUCUACACCAUCUACCCGCCUGUCUGCGGCAACGGCGGCGGCAUCCGCGUCUACUGCGACAUGGACACGGACGGCGGCGGCUGGACCGUGCUGCUGAGGCGCGCCGACCUCCCCGACCACCAGGACUUUGACCUCGGCUGGGACAGCUACAAGUGGGGCUUCGGCAACCUCAGCGCCGAGUUCUGGCUGGGCAACGAGUACAUGAACCUGCUGACCAGCAUGGAUCAGAUGCAGCUCCGUGUGGACCUGAAGGACUGGGAGAACAACUCUGUCUCGUCCACCUACACACCGUUCUCUGUGGGCUCCGAGCAGCAGAAGUACGUGCUGAAGGUCGGCAAGUACGAGGGCAAGACGGGCGACGCACUGACGUCGCUCAGCAAUGGGGCCAAGUUCUCGACCAAGGAUCAGGAUAACGACACCUGGAGUAAGAAAUGCGCUGUCGAGUACCAGAACGCGUGGUGGCACAAGAGCUGCAUGCAUACUACUCUGACAGGUCCGUACGUGCCGAAAACGAUGAAGAAACACUGGAUUGGAAUUACUUGGCACCAGUGGAAGGGCAACAAGUACUCGUUGAAGCAGGCCGAACUGAAGAUGCGGCCCGUCAACUAUAUGACCUGGUGUCAUAAGCUUGCCAACGAGGGAGCCCGAGAGUAA